UUGAGAAGAGCAGGCUUGUCCAGGUUUUAGUACAAAGGGGUGAAAACCCCUUGAAUUUGUGUGCUGGUUUAAAUAGAUUAAGUUGUCCAAAUAUGUCAUCUCUUUGGGGAUUCGCUUCUCUCAUUGCCGCUAUUGCUGUGCUCUCGGCUAUGCCCGUAAGCAUGGUGGAGCACGCCGAAUUCCUCAAGGCCGGGAAGGAGCCGGGCCUUCAGAUUUGGAGGAUCGAGAACUUUGAUCUGGUGCCGGUGCCGAGAAACGUGUACGGAGAUUUCUUCACCGGGGACGCCUACUUGGUCCUCAACACCAUCCGGCAACGCAGCGGAAAUUUGCAGUACGAUCUUCAUUUCUGGCUCGGAGACCACUGCAGCCAGGAUGAGAGUGGAUCCGCUGCCAUUUUCACGGUACAGAUGGACGACUACCUCGGCGGGAAGGCAGUACAGCACCGGGAGGUGCAAGGGCACGAAUCCCAAACUUUCCUGGGGUACUUCAAAUCAGGAAUCAAGUACAAAGCUGGCGGUGUGGCUUCCGGUUUCCGGCACGUGGUUCCCAACGAAGUGACUGUCCAGAGGCUUUUCCAAGUCAAAGGCAGGCGGACGGUACGAGCAACGGAGGUCCCCGUCAGCUGGGACAGCUUCAACACCGGCGAUUGCUUCAUCUUGGACCUGGGCAGUAAUAUUUACCAAUGGUGUGGCUCUCAAGCCAACCGGUUUGAAAGGCUGAAGACCACGCAAGUCUCCAAGGGGAUCCGGGAUAAUGAGAGAAACGGACGUGCCAGAGUCUACGUCGGAGAUGAGGGUGCUGAGCGAGAGGAGAUGAUUGCAGUCUUGGGACCCAAGCCUAGCUUGCCAGCGGCCACAUCUGAUGACACCCAGGCUGACGCAACCAACCGGAGGCUGGCAAAACUGUACAAGGUAUCCAAUGGUUCAGGGAAUAUGGCCGUUUCUCUGGUGGCGGAUGAGAAUCCCUUCUCCCAGGCAGCACUGAUCUCAGAUGAUUGCUUUAUUCUUGACCAUGGCACCGAUGGCAAGAUCUUUGUCUGGAAAGGUAAACAUGCCAGCACUGAGGAAAGGAAGGCAGCUCUGAAAACCGCCUCUGAAUUCAUCACCAAGAUGAACUAUCCCCGACACACACAGAUUCAAGUUCUUCCAGAGAGUGGAGAGACUCCCCUGUUCAAGCAAUUCUUCAAGAACUGGCGUGAGCUGGAUCAGACGGAGGGCCUGGGUGUGGCCUACAUCUCCGGUCACGUGGCCAAGAUUGAGAAAGUGCCUUUCGAUGCUGCCACGCUUCACACCUCCCCAACCAUGGCAGCCCAGCAUGGCAUGGAAGAUGACGGCACUGGAAACAAACAGAUCUGGAGAAUCGAAGGCUCUGCUAAAGUGCCCGUGAAUCCUUCGAGUUAUGGCCAGUUCUAUGGUGGAGACAGCUAUAUCAUCCUCUACGAUUACACUCAUGGCAACAAGCAUGGAAAAAUCAUCUACACCUGGCAGGGUGCCGAUUCCUCCCAAGCUGAAAUCACAACCUCGGCGUUCCUAACCGUCCAACUGGAUGAGGAACUGGGAGGCACUGCGGUGCAGAAACGAGUAGUCCAAGGCAAAGAGCCACCUCACCUCAUUAGCCUCUUUGGUGGGAAACCUCUGAUUGUGUACAAGGGCGGCACGUCCAGGGAAGGAGGUCAGACAAGCCCUGCGUCCACUCGGCUCUUCCAAGUCCGGACCAGCACUUCCGGUUCUACCAGAGCAAUAGAGGUGGAUCCAGCUGCAAAAGAGCUCAAUUCCAACGACGUCUUUGUGUUGAAAACCCCCUCCGCGGCCUACCUCUGGGUGGGCCAAGGAGCCAGUGAGGCUGAGAAGACUGGGGCCCAGGAGCUGCUGAAGAUACUGGGAGCGCGGGCGACUCAGGUGGCUGAAGGCAGAGAGCCAGCCGGUUUCUGGGAUGCUCUCGGUGGCAGAGCUGCAUAUCGUACCUCCCCACGGCUGAAGGACAAGAAGAUGGACGCUCACCCCCCUCGGCUUUUUGCCUGCUCCAACAAGUCCGGACGCUUCACUAUUGAAGAAGUUCCUGGAGAGCUGACCCAAGAUGACUUGGCCACAGAUGAUGUGAUGCUCUUGGAUACCUGGGACCAGGUCUUCGUCUGGGUUGGAAAAGAUGCACAAGAAGAAGAGAAGACAGAAGCUCAGACGUCAGCGAGGAGAUACAUUGAGACGGACCCCGCCAACCGCGACGCGAGAACUCCCAUCACGCUCAUCAGGCAAGGGUUUGAGCCUCCCACCUUCACCGGCUGGUUCCUGGGCUGGGAAGACGAUUAUUGGAACGUGGAUCCUUUGGAGAGGGCCAUGGCGGAGUUGGAAGCGUAAAGAAGGGAGUCGCUUUUUCUUUUUUGUUCUUUUUAGAAGCCUGGUGCCUUCACAGGCUCCAAAGCGCAACUUCCUCCUUCUUCUACUACUACUAGGCACAGAAACGUGGCCUUUGUGUCACUCCUUUUUUAACUUUUUAAAAAAACAAAUAGCCCAAGUAGCUGUGCGAUAGUUACGAUCAGCCCAAGAACUGUCUUGGCUUUUCUGCUGCUUCGAAAACACCCUUCAAUAAAGCUUACGCGGAAGUUUGU